UAUUGCAAAUCAAACAACAGAUCCGGCAAAAGUUUGUAAUGCGGAAAAUGAAGACGAUACAGAAUUCAGUGACUGGGAAUUAGCUGAUUUCCCUAGUUCAGACGAAUGUUCCUUUUAGAUGAUUUGAAUGUUGAUGAACUAAUAAAAAAAAAUGAUCUAGAAACUUUAUUCAAGACAAUUCCAAGUAUUUUGAACUUUGAUGUUAAUAGUAUAUGUUUAUCAAAAAAGAUUUUUAGAUUAUCACAGCUGAUUAUAGAAUAUUUAUUGUAUCAAAAGGGGAAUAUGGAAACUACAACUAAACUUCCAGAUUGUUCUAAAAAUCAUAGCUGCAAAUUUAAUCAUAAACUCAAAGCAACUUACCAGGCUUCACCACAAUCGGGAGACACCAAAAACUUAAAAAAUAGCACACAAAAUACUACAGGUGAUCCAAUGGAAACUUAUAAGGUAUGUCCAAUGUAUAACAAAUACAAAGUCAUGAAAGAAAAAUACAGUAACUUACGAAAAGACAUACCCAAUGGAAAAUUCUCGGAGAAAAUUAAGUCUGAUAAUUCUUUAAAUGAAACUCAGCAAUGUGUUGGUAAUGAUCUAAUUGUAUCUUCAAAACGUUCUAUAAAACACCCUACUUCAGGUUCAGCCGAAUACGAUACUAGUCCAAAACCAAAAUUAAAUCUAAGUUCUCGAAUGUUAAGUAAUGAAUUAAACGUCACCAAUGACUUAGUGAAAAGUAUUUCGGACAACGUAACGCUCAAUAUAGAUAUACUGAAAGAAAAUAAAAAUAAUUACUCGGAUAGCAUAUUACAUGAACUUAAACUAUUGCGAUAUAAAUCUCAAGUAAUUUGUAUUAAAAGUAAUAACGAAGAAAAACAACAAACAACAUCGGACGACUUUCAUCGUCUUAAAUUUGAAGUAGUAGUUUUCAAAAACCAAAAAGACGAUGAAGCAUUCCUAGAAACAAUCAAACAAGAUAUCAAAGAUUUUGUGGACGACAAAAUAAAACAAUACUUAGCCGUCAAAAAUGUAGCGGUAUAGUACCUAUAGAGAUCGGCUGUGAGAGAUCUGGUAAGGAGCGUUCGCUCCUUGAACGAUUUCGAGCAGACCCGCACCCCGGAGAAGGAUGUGCCGACCGUUGAAACGUCGGCGACCCGGGCACCGGAGCCGUUGUGUUGACGAUACUCGGCGAGAGCGCGCCACAGGGCGGCCAGCCAUCCACCGCCAAGGUGCAUAAGCGAGUGCGGAAAAGGCGACGCAAAAAGUUAAAGCAUAGCGAUGAUGGGGGAGGGGAACCCGCCCCAGAAUCGGUGACGGUGGUAGCGCCUGUGGUACCGCCGCCGGCUACUUGGUCCAAUCCGCCACAAGGCUCCAAAUGCUGCGACGAAAUCUCGCCCUAACCCCAGGUUUCCCGCCACGGUGCGGAGACCCGUGAUAAAGGCGAAGGCCCCACGAACCGAGGCUGUUAUUAUUGGUCCCCUUAAAGAGGUCCAAAAAUAUUCGGUAGUUAUCAAAACGGUGAUGGAGAAAAUUGACCUCCAGGCGCUGGGCAUUGUGGUCUCCGGUACCCGCAGAACCAAGACGAGAACAGUGCUCCUGGAGGAUCAAGCUGACUUUCUGGCCGCCAAGGUCAAACAGGCGUUGGACGGCUAACGGAGGAGGCCAUGUCGUGUUGUGACUCAGCUCUUGAUUAAUUUUGGACUGAGUCACAACACGGCGGUGUGAGUUUUAAUGCGACGUUGGACGUCCUGAAAAAUACCUCACGGUAGUUCCAGGGCGUCCAACAUUAUGACGAUCGUGUAAAAAAAAAAGGUAUGAUGCCUAUAGGGGCAAAAGUUGAAGGGUGGCAUUUUUUUAUUGAUUAUAGUACUUACGUAUUGUCGAUACUUUUUAAUAACAAUGCAAAAAAAAAUAAAAUCGGGGGCCUUCUACAUCACUCCACGAAGAGUGAAAUUUUUUUAGUUGCCUACACACAAUAAAUAUGCCCCUGAUACUAUAAAGUGUGAUGGGUUUACGAUAAACCGAUCGCCUCUAUAUGUUAUAUUGUCGUAUGGUGUGACUUAUUGUGCAUACAUUACAUAGAUUUUGUUCCAGGUAAAAUUAUUGUAUAAUGAAAUUAGUAAUAUUACAAAUUAAAUUGAUUAACAUGACUACAUUGGUUUAUUGGUAACUAUUAGAAAAUAAUUUAGAAGCUUCA